CCCCCCUUCUAAGAAAUUCAGUACAGAACAUCAUCACUCGUAUCACAAUGGCAGACCCAGCCCAGCAAGCUCGCAUCCAGAACGCCAAAGAACAACUCAAGGCUGCGUAUAACUACGCAGUCAGCGCCAAAGAAAGUGCCGAGUCCGAUUUCAAGCAAGCGCAAGAUGCUGGUAUCGCUGAUGGCCAGGACUUCAAGAACUGGGCUGUUCAAAAUGCGCCUGCCUACCUCGUAGCUCUACAACAGUACCAAGCCGCAAAGGCUGGAUACGACGCAGCACUUCAAAACGGCGACAACGAAGCUUUCAUUGCUUGGGAUAAGAAGUACAAAGAGGCAUUUUUGGCGAAUCCUGCAAAGCCCGAUUACGAUGCUCUUGUUGAGCCUUGAUCCAUAGGAUAGAUACAGCAAUGUCAUGGUGCUAUUCCGGAUAGCAAGUAACCCGCGUGAAAUCGCUGUUUGAAUGCCUGUAUACUACGUAUACAUGAAUAUUGUCAAGAAACACUCUAAUAGUUAAAUUUCUAUCAAUAUUAAGGAAGUUUUGUA